CCUUGACUUGGGAUAAUCUUACGAUUAGUCGACUAGGCAGCGGCCAAAAAGUCUCAAUGACUCUAGAAAAGAUUCAAGCAAACCCCCCUCAAAAGCAUGUCCAAAUGAUUUCAGUGUCCGUCACUCCUGUCAAAGCUUCACCUUCUUGAAGCUUUGAUCCAGACGAAAAAUGGCGAGAAACUUCUGCGAUUUUCGUUGGCUUCUAUUAUUUGCUGCUGCUGCUUUCAUCUACAUCCAGAUGCGUAUAUUCACAACACAGUCGGAAUAUGCUGACCGCUUGGCAGCCGCGGUGGAAUCUGAAAACCACUGUUCAAGUCAAGUGCAUAUGUUGAUUGACCAAAUAAGUUCACAACAGGGACGAAUCGUGUCUCUUGAAGAUGCGAAGAUGCGUCAAGACCAAGAGUGCGGACAAUUGAGAGCUCUCGUUCAAGAUCUUGAAAAAAGAGGUGCGGAUAGAUUGAUUAACAAACUACAGGUACCGGUAGCAGCUGUUGUGAUUAUGGCAUGUAAUCGCCCAGAUUAUCUCGAAAGGACAAUUGAGUCCGUCUUAAAAUAUCAACAGUCUGUUGCCUCAAAGUUUCCACUUUUCGUAUCCCAGGAUGGUCCAAAUGAAAAUGUUAAAAGUAAAGCUUUGAGUUACAAACAGCUAAGCUAUAUGCAGCAUUUGGAUUUUGAAGAAGUGCACACGGAAAGGCCUGGAGAGAUAAUCGCUUACUACAAAAUAGCAAGUCACUACAAAUGGGCACUGGAUCAGUUGUUUAAUAAGCAUAACUUCUACAGAGUAAUCAUAUUAGAAGAUGACAUGGAGAUUGCCCCGGACUUUUUUGAGUACUUUGAAGCCGCAGCAGCUUUACUCGAUAGUGAUAAGACAAUUAUGGCUGUUUCGUCGUGGAAUGACAAUGGUCAAAAGCAAUAUGUGCACGACCCCAAAAUUCUGUAUCGCUCAGAUUUCUUUCCUGGUCUAGGAUGGAUGUUGACAAAAUCGACAUGGGAUGAACUAUCUCCAAAGUGGCCAAAAGCUUACUGGGAUGACUGGUUGAGGUUACAAGAGAACCACAAAGGUCGUCAGUUUAUUCGCCCGGAAGUGUGCAGAACAUACAAUUUCGGCGAACAUGGUUCGAGCAUGGGACAGUUCUUCAAACAGUAUUUGGAGCCUAUUAAGCUAAACGAUGUCCAUGUUGAUUGGAAGUCAAUGGACUUGACCUACCUAAAAGAGGACAAUUACGUUAGGUACUUUGCGAAUCUUGUAUCAAAUGCUAAACCAGUUCAAGGAGCAGAUGCUGUUUUAAAGGCAUAUAACAUAGACGGGGAUGUACGUGUUCACUACAAAGAUCAGCCAGACUUUGAACGGAUUGCUCGUCAGUUUGGUAUUUUCGAAGAAUGGAAGGAUGGUGUCCCAAGAGCAGCAUAUAAAGGAGUGGUGGUUUUCCGCUUCCAAACUGCAAGGCGUAUAUUCCUUGUCGGUCCUGAUUCUCUGAGGCAACUUGGAAUUCAACAUGCUUAGGUCAAAAACCAAGUCUGGGAGAGGAAAACGUAAAAUAGCGGCGAUGCCUGUAAUCUGCGUCAACUGUUCCCCAGACACAUGCAUUGAAGAGAAUAUGUGAACAGUACCAGCUGAGUCCUUGACUGAAUCAACUAAGUCCACAUAUUUUUUCCUUGUCUGCACAUCGCUGUUUCUGAAAAGUUCAUCAGUAAUUAGAAGCGUUUCAAUGGCCAUCUGUUCAUGGGCGAACUCAACAUGCUUUGGGCCAUAACAGGCUCGAUCAGCAUCAGUUGAAAGCAUCUUGUAGAAAUCGUUGAGCGAUUGGACCUCUUGUGCUGCUUUUGUAUCUUUUAUCAAAUUCAUGACAUUGGGGUCACCAAGAACAUCCUUCAAACUAUGCCUGUAUCCCGAAGAUGCAUGGGCGAGAAGAAAACGCGACUUAUUUUCAA